AGGUCUUUGUCCCGUAGAAUGGCGUCCAUGCGGGAGAGUGACACCGGCCUGUGGCUCCACAACAAGCUGGGGGCCACCGACGAGCUGUGGGCGCCGCCGAGCAUCGCGUCCCUGCUCACCGCCGCCGUCAUCGACAACAUCCGCCUCUGCUUCCACGGCCUCUCGUCGGCCGUGAAACUCAAGCUGCUGCUCGGGACCCUCCACCUCCCGCGCCGCACGGUGGACGAGAUGAAAGGUGCCCUGACGGAGAUCAUCCAGCUGGCCACCCUGGACUCGGACCCCUGGGUCCUCAUGGUGGCCGACAUUUUGAAGUCCUUUCCUGACACGGGCUCACUUAACCUCGACCUUGAAGAACAGAACCCCAAUGUGCAAGACAUCCUGGGCGAGCUUCGAGAAAAAGUGGGCGAGUGUGAGGCGUCGGCCAUGCUGCCGCUCGAGUGCCAGUACCUGAACAAGAACGCCCUGACCACCCUGGCCGGACCCCUCACGCCCCCCGUGAAGCACUUCCAGCUGAAAAGGAAGCCCAAGAGUGCCACACUGCGUGCAGAGCUCCUGCAGAAGUCUACCGAGACCGCCCAGCAGCUGAAGAGGAGUGCGGGGGUGCCCUUCCACGCCAAGGGCCGGGGGCUGCUUCGUAAGAUGGACACCACAACCCCCCUCAAAGGUAUCCCAAAGCAGGCGCCGUUCCGCAGCCCCACCACCCCCAGCGUCUUCAGCCCUGCGGGGAACCGGACGCCCAUCCCACCCUCGAGGACACCGCUGAGGAAGGAGAGGGGCGUGAAGCUGCUUGAUAUCUCGGAGCUGGAUACAGUUGGAGCUGGCCGAGAGGCAAAGAGGAGGAGGAAGGCUGUGGACACCGAGGUGGUGGAGAAGCCGGCCAAGGAGGAGACGGUGGUGGAGAACUCCACCCCAGACUAUGCCGCGGGCCUGGUGUCCACGCAGAAACUCGGAUCCCUGAACAGUGAGCCGGCACUGCCCUCCACCAGCUACCUGCCCGCCACGCCCAGUGUGGUCCCAGCCUCGUCCUACAUCCCCAGCUCAGAAGCCUCGCCAGCGCCACCUUCCCGGGAAGCCAGCCUGCAAGCCAGCCGCCCCCCUGAGGAGCCUAGUACCCCGAGUCCCACGCUCCCAACCCAAUUCAAGCAGAGAGCGCCCCUGUACAACAGCAGCCUGAACCCGGCCGCAGCCACCCCGACGCCCACGCCCACCCCCACAGCUACCACCCCCACCUUGCCCCUGACACCCACCACGCCCCCAGUCGUCACCCCCACAGCCCAGACCCCCCCAGUGGCCAUGGUGGCCCCGCAGACCCAGCCUACAGCGCAGCAGCAACCCAAGAAGAACCUGUCCCUCACGAGGGAACAGAUGUUCGCAGCCCAGGAGAUGUUCAAGACGGCCAACAAGGUCACGCGGCCCGAGAAGGCCCUGAUCCUGGGCUUCAUGGCAGGUUCCCGAGAGAACCCGUGCCAGGAGCAGGGCGACGUGAUCCAGAUCAAACUGAGCGAGCACACGGAGGACCUGCCCAAGGCCGAUGGCCAAGGCAGCACCACCAUGCUGGUGGACACGGUGUUCGAGAUGAACUAUGCCACGGGCCAGUGGACACGCUUCAAGAAGUACAAGCCCAUGACCAACGUGUCCUAG